AUGAGUAGCCAUAGUGGUCCUAUUCGAGCCGGAUCUCAGAGCCAGAUCCAAGAAGUCCUGCGCGACGACGAGCAAGUCCCAGGCGCUGAGUGUAGACGGAGCUCGCGGUCUACCAAAGGGAGACCGCCGAGCAGAUACGGGUUUGAUAACUGGAGUGACGUUCCGGACAGCGUGAGCUCUGCAGGACAUGCGCCCUCGAAAGUUUCAGGAACUGCUGCGUCGCAGGCGUCACUUCGUGCAGAGAUGCUUCGUGUAGAACUUGAGGCUGCAAGGCAAAUCGCUGAGCUGGAGGAGGAAGCCGAGACACGCAAGUUGGCUCGUGAGACAAGUUUGGUGCAGAAGGAACUGGAGGUUCGAAGAGCCGAGGCUGAAUCUGCAGCUGCACUACGAUCCGGGUCAGGGAGCAAAGUGUCGUCUCGCAAAUCAGAGACUGGAAACGCUGCAUCCAGUGGCAGGGCAAUAUUGACUGCCAAGAGUCUUGCUGAGCACGACAAGUUGGCCGGACCUGGUCGAAAAUUCGAAUUACCACCGCGUGAGCACUUCAGAACGAUGAGUGAUGUCGGUGGAGUGAACGGACAACGCGACCACGGCAAGCCAAGGAGUUUGCAAGGUACGUUUCGUACUGUGAAUGCGCCCACACAACCUGAGGCUGUAUUAGGUGUGGCGGAAGACAGCCCAGCUCAGUCAAGUACAUGUAGUGUCAAUGCGUUUGGCGUGCCUGCCCUGGGGCCAGUGGCGCAAGCAUUCAUGCGCGCGCCCGCUCAAAAGUCUGUGACCAGUACAGUGCUGUCAGUAGUGCCAGCCAAGAAGUCAAUGGCCAGUGGUGCGCCUGUGGCUGUAGGACGUACUACAGUGUCCAUACAGGCAGCUAGUAAUGCAGUGCCUGUACAGCCAGCAAUACGCAGUGCAGCAGUACAAUCAAGACUGCCUGGCAGUAACAAGAAGGCAGUAUCAAUGCUGAAUGCAACACCACCAUGGCAUACACCACAGAAGCAUACAGCAGUGGCCAAACAGCAGCAACCAACACCAGUGGCAGUGCAAGAACACUCCAAGCAGGUGCUAAACCCGCAAGCAGAGUCCUUCAUGCCCUAUCCACCUCAACUGCAGACACUACACCCUGCUAGUUUCAGCUUUCACGUGAAGCCAUUGGAGCUACCAAAGUUCUCUGGCAAGACUAGUGACUACGACCGGUGGAAGCAGAACUUUCGCCGCGUUGUUGACGAAGAUCCACUAACGACUGAAGCGUACAAACUUGCACAACUGCGUGAGUGUCUCAUGCAUGGCACGGCCAGCGACCUUGUUGAUGGCGUGCUUGACGGUCCAGGAGCCUACCACACCAUCCUUAGGGAGCUAGAUGCAUGGUAUGGCGGCGACAAUCGCACUGUUGAGCGCCAAGAGAAGGAGAUUUUGCAGUGGCCGAAGCUAAAAGAGUCAGACGACAACUUUGCCAAGUUUGUCCUCAGACUCCGGACGAUGCUCAUGAAUAUGGAGAUGUGUGCAGUAACACCGGGCCGUGAGUUGUACCUAUCGGUUACGCAGAAGUUGCCGAAAUCGCUGUUGCUUAGGUACAUGGAGAAGUAUGACGAUGCUGACUGUGAUAUUUACCAGCUAACACAGUGGCUCCUCAGACGCGUCAACACACUACGCCGUGCCGAUGAACGACUCCGGUCGACAGAAGUCACUGCCUCAGCACCAGCACCAGCAAGAUCAUGGUCGAAGCAGAGUGCUACAAAGUCUGAACGAACAUUUGUGGCAACUAGCAAGGAUGCAGGUGCCGACAGAAGCUGCCCCUCGUGUGGCAAGGCGCAUCAGCUCCACUGCUGCCCCGAUUUCAUUAAGAUGGAGGUCAGGGACCGAUGGAAAGUCAUCAAGUCCAAGCCAGAUGUCUGCGCCCUAUGCUUCGGUCUCAAUCAUCGCGCAAAGACUUGUACCAGGCAACCCUGUUCAAAGUGCAGCCGCACGCAUCAUGACAUGCUACACUACAACAUCCGACGCUCGGAUUCCGCUGCAGACCCAUCAAAUGCCGCAAUCAAGGCCAACGCAGCUUCGGCCAGCAGUGGCGGUCCUGCCAAGAUUGCUACAACACAUUGCGCAAGUCAUCAGCCAGAGAUUGACAGUGGCGAGUCAUUCAUGGUUGUGCCUGUUGUAUUCCGACACAAUGGUGUGAGCCUCCAAGGUAAUGCACUCCUGGACCCAGCAUCGUCCACGAGUUAUGUCCAGCAGUCCGUGGCAACAGCCCUCAAUGUGCGUGGACCCAAGCGGCAGCUCGUCACUUCCGGAGUAGGCGGCAAGCAGACCGCAGCAAGACGUGAGCAUGUACAGAUCCAAGUGGCGGCUCUGGGCGACAAGACCAUGAACAAGCUUGAAGCUUGGGUUCUGCCCACCGUCACCGUGCCAUUACCGGCAGUGAACUGGAAUCAGCACAAGAGCAGCUGGCCGCAUCUCAGUGAUAUUGACUUCCCAUCCAUCAAGGGCAGUCAGAUCGACGCGCUUAUCGGCCUGAAUGCCAUCGAGCUUCAUGCUACUCUAGAAGAACGGCGAGCAGAAACAGCAAGAGCGCCCAUUGCUCGACGAACUCCUCUCGGGUGGGUGUGCAUUGGUACAGGAGUCGACACCACUCGUGCAAUCACAGCUACUACACCAGCUACUGACACAGUGCUAACUGAUGGGCUGACCGAGCUAGUAGAGAAGUUCUGGCGAGAUGAGUCGGCGGGCACAGAUAACCCACUAGAGGAGACGCCUUCACCCGAUGACAGAAGAGCCGAGGAGCUCACGAGCCAAUCAAUCAGCUGCAACGGCAACCGGGUAACUGUCCGAAUCCCAUGGGUCAAUGACAGCGGUAAGCCACGUGUCAGGUCCAACAGAGCUCAGGCUGAGCAGCGGCUCCGCAGUCUACAACGCUCGCUACAGUCAAGGCCAGCCGUGAAGCAGCAGUACUCUGACGUUAUGCAGAAACACAUUGCCACGGGUUACGUGAGACGCGUGGACCCGGAUGAGAUAGCCAAAGACGGCAACGACCAGUGGUACCUACCCCAUUUCCCGGUAGUACGCUCAGAUAAAUCCACGUCAAAAGUGAGAAUAGUAUUUGACGGUGCAGCCCGCUGGGAUGGACACUCCAUCAACGAUGAGAUGUUUACAGGUCCUGCACUUCAAAACGACAUGACCAGUGUGUUGAUCCGAUUCUCACUGGAACCAGUUGCGCUUGUUGGUGAUGUGUCGGAGAUGUUCCUCCAAGUCAAACUGGCGGAACGUGACCAGCGCUAUCAUCGCUUUCUGUGGUAUGAUGACAAUGGCCAAGUGCAGGUGUAUCAGUUCACCCGUGUGCUCUUCGGCGCUAAGGCGUCACCGUAUCUGGCAGGACGAGCGGUGAAAGAGGUCAUCAAGCACCACGGUGAUGAGUACGACUCUGACGUCGUGCAGUGCCUAAGCAAAGACCUCUACGUUGACGACAUGCUGUCAUCACUACCAUCCACACAGCGUGCCAUCCAGGCCAGAGAGCAAACGCAGCAGCUACUUGCCAAGGGCGGUUUUCACAUGCGAAAAUGGCUGUCGAACAAAGCUGAAGUGAUGAACACCAUACCAGAGGAAGAUAGGUCACCUGAUGUCGUCCGAGAUGUGGACAGUGACACCAGCCUCCCAACUGUCAAGACUCUCGGCGUCAGUUGGAACGCCGAGAAGGAUGCCUUCACCUUCCAGCAUCAAAUGAAGGACAUCACGACAUUCACCCGACGCUCUGUGUUGCGCGGCCUGGCCUCCAUAUUCGAUCCGCGUGGCCUGAUCUCGCCAUACGUCAUCACGGCUAAGGUACUCCUGCAGGAUGCCUGGUUGCUGGGACAGGGAUGGGACGACCUGCUGCCAAAGGAACAAGUCGUCAAGUGGCAGGGUUGGUUCCAAGGCCUCCCAGACCUGAGUAACCUGGAGAUCAGCCGCUGUUUCAAGGAUCCACAACAGCCAUCCGAAGACGCCAGUCUUUCCGUGCACUGCUUCUCCGACGCCUCAGAUCGGGCGAUAGCAGCCGCUGUGUAUGUCAGAGCCAGCUACCCAGACGGUACCACCCGAAUAACGCUAGCGAUGUCGAAAGCGAAGCCGGCACCAGUGAGGCGACAGACGAUCCCGCAGCUUGAACUGAGAGCAGCUGUGCUUGGCGUUCGCGUUAGUCAUCUCGUCGCUGAAUCCAUCGGUAUCCCAGUGUCAGCUCACACAUUUUGGACGGACUCGAUGAACGUCUUGGGCUGGGUCCAAAGCCACAGCCGGCGCUACAAAGUGGACAUUGGCAACCGAAUCUCUGAGCUCCAGACCUCAACGAGAGCACACCAGUGGCGACAUGUUCCCGGAAAGAACAACCCUGCAGACAAAGGUACUCGUGGUUUGUCUGCUGCAUUACUGUGCCGUGAUGCAGUGUGGUGGUCCGGUCCACAGUUUCUUCGCCAGCAGCCAGAUGAGUGGCCUCAGAUGAAGGAAGUCAGCACAUCCUCGCUGCCUGGUCAGCUCAAGACGGCGCUAGUUGCAGUCGUCCCUCCACCCUCCGAGAUCCUGGGUCGCUUUAGCACAUGGUCACGACUGGUACGCGUGACAGCAUGGUGCAAGCGAUUUGUGGCAAACUGUCGGCAGGCAGUCAGUGACAGCAAGUCCGCGAAGGGGGAUGCCGCAUCGGACAGCCAGUCGUCCAGCACGCCAGUGAGAGUGCCAGUACAGCUUGGCGGCACCCGCUCCAUCAGUGUUCCAGUUCUCAGCACUGACGAAGUAUCAGUAGCAGAGCGGCACUGGAUUGCAACUGCCCAGAAGGAUUGCCAUGGUACAGCAUACCAUCGUCUACAGUCUAGGCAACCGAUGUUGAAAUCGGAUCCUCUGGCACCUCUCUGUCCCCAGUUCGAUAGUGCAACAGAGUCACCCCUGAUGACGGUAGGAGGUCGAUUGCAAGCUACAAAGAACAUGCCAAGUGGCGUACGCCACCCAGUCAUCCUACCAGCAAAGCACCGAGUAACCCAGCUGAUAAUCGAACAGGAAGAUCAUCGGUGCUUCCAUGCAGUUGGGCCACAGCAUCUUCUGGCCAAUCUGCGACAACGCUACUGGAUUGUUCACGGAACAUCAACAGUCAAGGUCGUUCGAAGCAACUGCGUCACUUGCCGUAAGAACCGUGCGGAGCCAGCGUCCCAGAUGAUGGGCCAGAUUCCAGACUUCCGAGUUGCAGGCUCGUUGAAACCGUUCAGCCGUACAGGAGUUGAUUACGCGGGUCCCUUCCUGACCAAGCAGGGCCGAGGUAAGACGCAGGCUAAGCGGUACCUGUGCCUGUUCACAUGCCUUGAGACUCGUGCCUGUCACCUAGAGGUAUCCUAUGGCCUCUCCACUGAGUCAUUCCUGUUAGCAUUUGAGAGAUUCACAAAGCGCCGUGGUGUCCCGCUUGAAAUGGUCAGCGACAACGGGACCAACUUCACUGCCGCGGAGCGAGAACUCCGUGAGGCCGUCCGGGCCAUGGACAAGGAGAAGAUCGAGAAGCGACUGGUCAGUGAUGGCGUGCGAUGGCGCUUCAACCCACCUAGAGCACCACAUUUCGGCGGCGUAUUCGAAUCCCUCAUCAAGACGGCUAAGCGCGGACUCACAGCAGUACUUGGGAAAGCGGACGUCACAGAUGAAGAGUUAGUGACUGCCAUGUGCCAGGUUGAGGGCAUGAUGAACUCGCGCCCGCUGACAGUUGUAAGUGCCGAUGCAGCUGAUUUGCAGCCUCUAACACCAGCACAUUUCCUAGUCGGACGACUCGACCCACCAAUGGCUCUGGAAGUGAAAGCAGACGAGCACCCCAGCAGAGACCCACGCAAACGUUGGUUGUAUGUUCAGCGGCUUGUAGCAGACGUGUGGAACAGGUGGCGAGAUGAGUAUGUUCCCUUGUUGAAUGUCCGUCGUAAGUGGCAACGUCAAGGUCGCAAUGUAGCCGUAGGUGACAUCAUGCUGUGUCUUACAUCAAACACUCCCCGUGGAACAUGGCCCAUGGGUAGAGUCACAGCAGUGCAUCCUGGUGCAGACAAGCUCGUCCGAGUAGUGGAUAUUAAGAUCGGCGACAAGAUCUACCGACGGUCUAUCCACCAUCUAGUACCUAUUCUGGACACCGAGUAG